AUUUUUUAGUAUAGUAUGUUUCUAACUUCGCGGGACUCCAAGUAGUACCGGAAAGCCUAUAGCCAAAGCCGUCGGCUCCGCCGGCGACGCCUCCGUUGACAGACCCUUUAGCUCACUUGUUCUGCGACUCCAAAGCUCAAAAGAGCCAGAAAUGGCGGCAAACUCAGGGCAUCCACAGACGACAGGACUCGAAACGUUUCGUUUGUUUGCAUCGGAUGAGAAGACCAAUCCAGGAUUAGGGUUUCUUAAUUUUUCAGAAACGCCUUCCCCACCUCCGCCUCCUUGCGUUGAAGUGCUUUCUACAGAGGUUUCAUCUUCUGUCAAAUAUUUCGUUGAGCCUGUGAAAUUGGGCGAGCUUACUUUUAUGAAGGGUCGUGUGAGCACACAAGAGGUUUUUGCACUGUCCAAUUCAGAUUUGAUUCCCGGGAAAUAUGAAGGGGGAUUGAAGCUGUGGGAAGGUUCUUUAGAUCUAAUUAGAUCUCUUUGCUCAGAGGUUCAAAAUGGGCAUUUGAGCAUGAAGGGUAAGCGAGUUUUAGAGCUUGGAUGUGGUCAUGGACUUCCUGGGAUCUUUGCAUGCCUUGAGGGUGCAGCUCUUAUACAUUUUCAAGACUUCAAUGCUGAGGUCCUGCAAUGUCUUACUAUUCCAAAUGUUUAUGCAAAUAUCUCAAAGGAUGAUCAAACUUCAGUGACGAAGUCAUCUGAAUGGAAUUGCAAGGCAGAAGUUCGUUUCUUUUCUGGUGACUGGAGGGAAGUCCAUAAACUUCUUCGUAAAGCGGACAAUGAGAAGGGCACAAACAGCUCAGGGGUGGAUCCAACUCCUGGUUAUGAUAUUAUUUUAAUGGCAGAGACUGUUUACUCAACCUCUAAUCUACAAGCUCUCUAUGACCUUAUAAAGAAGUGCAUGAGCCGUCCUUAUGGAGUAACAUACAUGGCUGCGAAGAAACACUAUUUUGGAGUGGGUGGUGGGUCAAGGCGCUUCCUUUCUGUAGUAGAAAAGGGCGGUGUUAUGGCAGCCGAGUUGGUCGCUGAGGUGACGGAUGGUUCAUCUAAUGUCCGGGAGGUAUGGAAGCUUUCAUUCAAGUAAAUUUGAAGUAUUGGACUGGGUGCCUGCAGCAAAUUGCCUUCUACUUGUUUGUGGGUUCACUGCAUGAAACAUACAACACCUUCUAUCUGCUUUGUAUCAGGAUUUGCAUUUUGAAUGUGGUCGUGUUUAAUGAUUGGAACAAUGUCUAUUUGUUUUAAGGGAUAACCUGCAGUGUUUUUUUUAGGCUAAAUGGUCUCUUGCUCAAUUUUAUAAAUUGUUCUAUGUUGGUCAUUGGGAAA